CUUGAGUUAUUGGAGUUGGAUCAGUCACUGUGGCAAUGUGACUUUGGUGUUUGGGACCAGAGUUCAAGAUAAUAACAGAGGAGCCCUCUUUUUCUAUGUUAGGAAUAUUUAUUUUGAGGCGUCUGUAAAGUAUUAAUUACAGGAACGGAGAGAUGGACUGGCGGUGGACAGUUUUCACACUGUUUUUGAACUUUCAUUUCAUUUACGGGUCUCCCUCUUCUUAUGACUUGUUCCAGGGGUCUGCAUACACUGGAGUGGUGCACAGACACAGAAACAGGAACUGGUGUGCCUAUGUGGUGCGCAGGAACGUGAGCUGCGCCGUGCAGGGGAGUGUGGAGAGCUUCCAGGAGCCCGUAGUGGCCCCAUGCCCAGCCUACCAGCCCGACUGCCAGCAACAAGUGACAUACCAAAAUCGGUUUCGACCCACAUACAAGAUUGCCUUCAAGACAGUCACAGAAUUAGAGUGGAGAUGCUGUCCUGGUUACCAAGGUCUCGACUGUAAAGAUUUAAAACCACCACCAGACCGACAAACAGUUCAGGGAAUACAGCCAUACUUCCCACCAAAUCCUGGACAUACAACCAGACACACACAGCGGCCAGAACGGAGAGAGACAGGGCACCAUGAGGCAAGGCAUGGUGGGACAGAUAAGGUACAUCUUCUGGAAAGUGAAGUUCAGCGCCUGUCUCAGACAGUCCUGGAUCUCCAGUCAGCUUUGACAGGAUUAACUGGCAACCUCCGCACAGACCUGCAGGAAGACACAAAGAAGAUGCUGGUGACACUUCUCAACAACAUGCAUCCGCCAGACAGUGCUACGGCUGCAGGCACAGAGGAGAACCCAGCAGUGCUGGAUGGUCACCAGGCUACUAGAGGUGGGAUUACUGGAGACAAGGCAAUAGAAAAAAUAAUGGCCCGGUUGGAUGAUAUCAACAAUGCAUUGAAAAGCAAGGAUGAAGCCUUGGAAGACCUAAAAGGAACCAUGACAAGUCAUGAGGGGCAGAUACGUGUCCUGAUGGAUGCCUCUCAAUCUCAGACUCCAGCAAUUGCAGAGUUUGAUGUUAUACAGACCUACAUUGAUGGAAAAUUUGAAAAGCUGAAGAAAGAGCUAGACCAGAAUGUGGAGGAACAGAUGGCCAAGCUACAAAACUCAUGCAAUGACAAGAUCCACACCUUGCAGAAGACCUGUGAAGACAGCCGUGACCAAGGUUUGGUCAGCCUGACCAAACUGGUUGACACCAAAGAGGAUGAUCUGAGAAAAGAGAUCCGAGCACUACGUCUGGACAUGGCUGCUGCAGAUGGACCUAUUCGAACUCAAAGGCAGACAGAUCCAACCAAGGCAGAAGAGGAUCAUAGUGACCACAAAGACCUGUGGCGUGAGAUUGACCGUAUUGCAGAUGCUCACCGCAUCCUGAACGCCCGCUUUGACAACGAGCUGGUGCACCUAUCUGAGUCUCCACAAGACAAUGAUUUUAGCCUACUGAUUGAAGAGAUGGAGGCACGCAUUAAUAUCACAGAACAAAACGCAGAGACUCACUGUUUCUAUAUUGAAGAGAAGCUGACCCGUACAAUUGCUGACGAAGUGGCAGCAUUGCGGAAGCUUCUGGAUGAGCGUCUGAACAGCAUGGAGGACCAGUUUACAACCAUGCUGGUGGAAAUGAGCAACAGCUCCUUCCCGGGGAUGUUUGGAGACUCCAUGGAUGCCAUCCAGACAGAAGUCAACAAUAAUAAGUUCCUCCUUCAAGGUUUGGAUGAUAAGGUCAAUGCUGUUGGAGAGCUGUGCUCUGCAGGAUGUUCAGGCUCAGGAAUUUCAGUCGGUGCAGUGAGUUCAUCACCCACACCUAAAGUCCUAGAAAACAUUUUGAAAGACCUGAGUCGGUAUAGGAAUGACUUGGAUGUUCUUCACACAGAUGUCAUUACCAACAAAGACAAGCUCAGGUACCUAGAAGAAUUUGUUGAAAGGCAGUCAGUUGCAAGUGAGAGACGUGCUACGACGAUGGAGGACUUCAAGAAGGGACUGAUUAAUCUUCAAGAUAAUGUGCUUGGUCUGGCUGGUGCUGUUACUGGGUUGAGUGACUCCUUAAGCAAAUACAAUCAGGAUAUGCACAGAAUAAACUCAACAUGCUGCCAGGCAGAGCAUAGUGGCACUGGGAUUCCAGCAAAGAACAACUGGGCAUCAGUCAGUGCAGAGCCCAGUAGUCAGGCAGAAGACACCAGACGUCAGGUGGAGGAGCUGAAGAACAGGCUUGAUACACUCAGUACACAGGUGUCAUCUGAACUGAGUCAGUGUAAACAAAACACACAGGGUGUUUCUGAUGACAUUUCUGCUGUGAAUGGACGUGUGACCAGACUUGAAAAAGUGUGUGGAAGGUUAGAUGGUGUUUCUGCUAAUAUCAAAGAGCUGAAAGAUGGACUGGAGAGGCAUGUCGGUGGUCUGCGAGAGUGUGUGUACAGGAUGAACAUCACCUGUGGAAAUCAUGGCGCAGACAUCGUCGCACUGCAGAAUUCCUUGCAGAAGUUCCAGGGACAGCUGUCUGCGAUGGCCAAACAUGUUUUGAAAGACGUCAGUCCAAAUGGGCCAGGAGUGGCCUUGGCACCAGAGAGGCCUGCUACUAUGCCAGAGUCAAGUCCGACCAGAACCAGAAUCCAACAAAUCCACAUCCCUCUCAUCCUCCCACCACCGCCGUCUAGCCGCAGGCAGCCGUACAAUCCCAGCCAACCAGUGCAGCCCAACACGCACACGAUCAGGAUCAGCCCGCCAAGCCAGCCGUCCAGCCCCCAGCAACCAGGCCACCCCACUAUCCCCCUGGUUCCCAUAAGGCCAGUGGUGGAGACGGGCGAGGCUGGACCUCCAGGGUACAUCCGCAGGGUGACUGUGCGGAGAGGGUCCGAGGACUCGUCUAGAAUGCCUGUCAAAGGAUUUGCUGGAGCACCAGGCUAUCAUCCUCUGCAGCCUGUGUCUUUUAAGCCUCAAUCAACCCGCCGCCAAGUUCCUGUAGCAGCAAAAGUGCCCUGGAACCCAAUAUAUCAAGCUCCAGUGCAAUCAGUUUCAGCUGUCAACAGCGCCUUUGCAGAUCCCUUCUCCUUCUCUGCCGGCCUAACACAGCAGCUCUACGGAGACUCUGGCAUCAUCCGCUUCAACAGAGUUCUAGUCAAUGAUGGUGGACACUACGAUCCCCACACAGGGAUCUUCACUGUACCUCUGGAUGGCCGAUACCUGAUUUCAGGUCUGCUGACUGCAAAAGAGGGUGACCGAGUACAAGCCGUCCUAUCUGUGUCUAACCGCAGCGUCCAAAGGCUGCAGAGCUCAGCUGGGCCUGUGGCUGGUCAACACGGAGGCUCAGCUGGUGGUAACUGUGGCUGCGGAGGCUCGGUGUCCUUCAGCCUGAUCCUGCCCCUGAGGAAAGGAGACCGCGUGGGCCUGGUGAGGACCGGAGGCAAGCUGGCCACAACCGAGGCCAGGGAGAUCCUCUCCACGUACAGCGCCAUCUUCCUGUACGCACCACAGGCCAAAAGAUAGCUGGAGCUCAGCUGGGCAGUAACGGAAAGGACUAGGUUGUUCCCAGAUAGUUGGACUGGAGGAAAUGUUGAAGAAGAGUUUUCACUGAUUGGCUGUGAUGCAGCUGUUUCACCACACAAUGCCACUGUGUGAAGAUCCUCAGUUAUAAAUUCAGUUAAGACGUCAUUACAUUGUAAUUUGUAAGCCAUUUGCCAAAUAUACCUGCAUACAAGAAGCAGAAUUUGUUUCUAAUAUAUUUGAUUAUCAAGUUGCCUUUUUGUACCUACUGUUAAAGUCUUGUGUAUAUAAGUGUUUUUAAAUUAACAAUACAAUUCAUAGAAUUUAAUUAUUAUUUUAACGAAACCAUCUCAGACACUCAUUAUACAGUAUGUUGUUUUUAGACAAAAACAGUCCUUUUACCUGGUAGAACACAGGAGUUGCUGGUCCACCACUGCCUUGAUCCACAGCAUUUAACCCUUGUUCAAGGUUCAAGGUUAAUUUAUUUGUAAAAGACGAAACUUUGCUCUUAAUGUAUAAAAUAUAAAAACAACAAGGAUAAAGAUGAAAGUGCUCCAAGCUCUAAAAAUCAGGACUUACAAAGAGAGAUCAAAAAAAAAAAAAUGCAGGUAAAAGCAAGAACAAUUCUGUGCCAUAUUACUACAACUUGUUGAUCUGAACGAUAGCUGCUGGAACAAAACAAUUUUUAUACCGCUUGGUUCUACAUCUUGUGACCAUAAACCUCCGUCCAGAAGGAAUAAGUCAAUGUGCUAAGGGCAGGAGUCGUCAUUUAAAAACUGUAACUGCCUGCUGUAAAGGGAUUCUGGGUUAAGCUUUGACUCACCAAUCAGCCUACUAUUACUACCAUUAAACAAUAUGACUGAGGGAGUUUCCUGUUCUUUAAAGAAAGGUUUCCAAACCAUGAUUUGGACCAGAACUAACAAGUUAAAACACUGAAGUCACAAUAACGCACACUAACUGAGGCACUGUUAGACCAGCAACCCUUGUGUUCUCCAGGGUGAAAUUAGUCUUGUGGCUUUGAAGAGAGUGAUAUUAAAAGGUUCAGUUCUUUGUCAGAAAGAACAGUUUGAAGGCAAAGUAAAGCAAUGAAAAUAUUCUAAAUAUAGCGUACACUUAAACCCCUACUUCAUUAUCUUAGGUGGCUAAAAUCUGUAUUGUUGCUGCCCCAAUCUACAGCAGUACAUUCCUUAGCUUCUGUGCUCCUGUCUGCUUCCCCAAACUGGGGGUGUGCUGAGCACCAUCUACUGUAGGUAAUACACUGACUGACUAGUACCUCUUACAACCCCCACUUCCUAAAAUCUGAACUAAACCUUUAAUAUCACAAGUUCUACUGGCCUCAGAAACUGCAUUGAGAAAGUCUAGGCUGGAAGGCAAAAACCCCAUAUGGGUCAUUACAUGAAGUGGGUGUGGGUGAAAAAUAAAAUUCCCUUCUCCUCACUUGUGACUUAUAAUUCUAAAACUUAAAAUAUUCCAACAGCAAACUCUUAAGAAGCAGGGGGAGUGUAUUUAGCCUUCAGUUCAGCCUCUGUAAACCUUUAAAAAGAGAAAAAUACUGUUUUAUAAACAAUUUACCAAAUAGCGAUCCACUGAAUUACUGUCUCUCUAACUCUUUAAGGUUUGUGUUAUUCGACACCGAAACAUGGAACUGCUUGAGGGAUUUUAACUGCAGUAAAGUCAUUCAUGAAUUUUCACUUAAAAAAAUAAGCAGCAGGGUAAAAGUUACUCGCCCGUGGUUACUGUUGAACUUUUUGACUCAGAAUGGAGCACACACGCAAAUGUAUUCAGUUAGAAACUUUAUUUAAUACAAAUAUGACCACAAGCCACACUUUGUUAGCUUCAUUAGGCCUGUAUUUUUUUUUUCUUCAUACAAUGUAUUUUGUUCUUUAAACAUACUUUAAACCACAUUUCUAUACAAAUCAAACACAGCAUACACUUAAGGUAUUCCUGUUGGUCAGACACAAUCAAAUAGCAAGCAUUACCUUCAAACAGAAUGACACAAACAGAGUCCCACAAAAGAUCAUACACUUUAUAUGAAAUAAUAAAAACAAAAAAAAAAAAGGCAUCAAAGACAGAAGAAUGUGAUGAUCAGCAUAUAUACUGGAUCAUUUUCCACAGCAGUUGAGUGAGAACAAACAAUAUUAUAUACCAUGUAUCCCAGGAUCAUAGAGGAUGAAGUGUGAUUCUUCCACACAAGAUGCUUUACUUUCAUAGAAAGAAAUGGAAUUCAUUUUGUUAAUCAUGAGAUAUAUCUAUUUGACUUCACCAAACUUUGUAGAGAACAAGCAAACAAAUCAACGCAAAACACGCAUCUCAAAUCAUCACAGAACAUCUGAGCUACAGAGUGAAUGCGGAAACACUUCAGCGAAAUAAUAACAGGCUGAUAGCGACAAAUCUGGAUGUACGUAAUUGUAUCGGAAAUUGUGCUUUUUUAUCAUUAAAUGGUUCUGUCUG